AUGCUUAUAUCUUGUUCUGCUUAUGGUUGUACAUACCGAUUUGUUAAAGGUAUUGGAAUAUCCUUUCAUAAAUUCCCUUUAAAAAAUAACGAUCUUUGUCAAAAAUGGGUUGUGACAACAAAAGGAGCUUCAUUUAUUCCAACAAAAUAUAGUUAUAUAUGUAAUGUCCACUUUCAUAAAGAAGAUUAUAAUUAUGAAAAUGCAAAAAAACCUCGUUUAAAGUCUAAUGUUAUACCGUCUAUCUUUAAUUUUCCGGAGAAAAUGGAUUGUAAAAAGGCCAUCGAAAGAAAACAUAUUUCUAUUAACGUAACUGACAUUCGAGACACUCAAUAA